AGCGCCGUCCCCGCCGGUCCCGCCGCAGCACGGGCAGCGGACGGGCGGCCUCGCGAUCCCCGCGCCGCAGCACCCGCCCGAGGGGCUCGGCCCCCCGCCUGCUGCCCCUCCUCCCCCGGCGCAGCCCAAGCCAUGCUGCUCCUGGCCGCCGCCUUCAUCGUGGCCUUCGUUCUCCUCCUCUACAUGGUGUCGCCGCUUAUCAGCCCCAAGUCGCUGAAGCUGCCCGGCGCGCACGUCGUGGUAACUGGAGGCUCCAGUGGAAUUGGAAAAUGCAUUGCUAUUGAAUGCUAUAAGCAAGGUGCUUUCAUAACACUGAUUGCAAGGGAUGAGAAUAAGCUGUUGCAGACGAAGAAGGAAAUAGAAAAGUACUCUGUUAAUGACAAGCAGGUUGUACUCUGUAUUUCCGUUGAUGUGUCUAAAGACUAUGAACAGGUGGAGAAUGUUCUAAAACAGGCUCAGGAGAAGUUGGGGCCAGUUGACAUGCUCGUAAACUGUGCAGGAACAUCAGUUACAGGAAAAUUUGAGGAUAUUGAAGUGAAUUCUUUUGAAAGAUUAAUGGCAGUCAAUUACCUGGGCAGUGUUUACCCAAGCCGAGCAGUAAUCGCUACCAUGAAGGAGCGCAGAAUGGGAAGGAUUGUCUUUGUGUCGUCUCAGGCUGGCCAGCUAGGCCUGUUUGGAUAUACAGCUUAUUCUCCCACCAAAUUUGCUCUUCGAGGGUUGGCUGAAGCCCUGCAAAUGGAGGUAAAACCUUACAAUGUCUACGUAACAGUGGCCUAUCCUCCAGAUACUGAUACUCCUGGCUUUGCAGAAGAAAGUAAAACAAAGCCCUUAGAGACGAAGCUGAUUUCUGAAACCUCAUCUGUUUGCCAAGCAGAGCAAGUUGCCAGAGUUAUAGUGAAAGAUGCCAUACAAGGGAACUUCAACAGCUCAGUUGGAUCAGAUGGUUACAUGCUGUCAAUAUUGACAAGUGGAAUGUCACCAGUCACUUCUAUUACUGAAGGUCUUCAGCAGGUUGUUUGCAUGGGCAUUUUUCGCAUCAUUGGCCUAUUUUACCUAGGAAGUUUUGACAGCAUAGUUCGUCGCUGCAUGAUGCAAAGGGAAAAAUCUGAAAGUGCAGAUAAAACUGAGUAAUCUUUACUGUGAGUGGAAAGAAGAAUGUCAAGCAGUCCUGGACAGCUUGCUGCUUAAGUGGGACUCAGUUUUGCUCCUGAAGGAUUUAGGCUGGAAGUACUUGCAUGUGUGACAGAGGAGUCCCCUCAAAAGCUAUGAAAGAAAAAACAAAAGUACAAAUCCAGAAAAUGCCAAACUAUGCAAAAGUGUGAAUGAGGAUUAGAUAUCUUUUUUUUUUGGUGAUUUGAGUUGGAAAGAAUUUGGAGAGCUCGUAAGUAAUCUGCAGAGUAGAAUUUGAGAAUGGAUUAUGUGUGGUAAUUCUGGACAAAUACUUAAGUUUUCUCACUUUGGUGCUUAUGGAUGAAAUAAGUACCAUGACAGACUGGGCUGAAGUAGAUUGAAGUCCCCUGAACAAG